UGCUUGGUUUCCUCAUUCUCUAAAAGCCUAAAAACACAGACACUGUGGUUAAACUGUGCUCUCACCGACAUCCAGAGGGCACUGAAGACAGACUGUGCCUUUUACGCUUUCAUAAGUUUCCGCAUGUAGGUGGAGACUGGGUCAGUCUCGCUGUAUUACGUGUGGGGAAGUUGCACAAUAUCGGAAAGACACAUAAGAUUUCACUGUGACCACAACAUCGGUUUUCUAAUGUUGUCCUUUUACGGAUGUUCUUAAUGGAGGAUUUAAAAAAACAUUCAAAACGGCACAGUAAGUUGAAGGCUACACCAUGUCAGUGUAACUAAGAUAAAACCACCAUCAGCUUGUGCCGUGUAUUUCCUCGCAAAAAUGAAUAAUUCAGUAACUUCCGCUACUUAUAUUCGAAACCUUAACUAUAGUCUACGUCGCAAGUUGUCAGAAUUUUUAGACCCCCAUGAAAGCUGGAAAGAUGUCAUUGUCUCGAUCCGUAAGCCCAGUGGAGAGCUGAGGUACUCUCAGCAUCAUUUGAGGAAAUUUGAAGGCCUAGUUGCACAGGGGAAAAGUCCCACAGUGGAGCUGCUAAAUGAUUGGGGGACAUCCAACAGCACAGUGGGUGAACUUGUGGACAUUUUGAAGAGUAACAAGUUACUGGCUGCUGCUAGUCUUCUGUUGCCUGUAGAAGAUGCCAUCGCCACAGAGACGCAGCAGGUCUCUCCAGUAGUACAACCAGUCAGCGCCCUUCCAACCCAGCUACUGAGUGAGAGGGACACACAGUCACCACCUGUCAGCUCCAACCAACAGCCACUGAUUCCACUGGAGAGCAGUGAACCAGGUUUCUCCAGUUUCUUGUACAAUGAGCUGAUGCAGAUCACAGGCAACUUUGAUGACCGUCCCAUGUCAGACGGCGGCCGUAGACUUGGAGAAGGAGGCUUUGGGACUGUAUACAAAGGUGUCCUGAAUGACAAACCUGUUGCAGUGAAAAAGCUCAAUCCAAUGGAUGACGUCUCACCAGACGAGCUACAAGUUCAGUUCAACCAAGAGAUCGAAACGCUAAAAGUGUUGAAACAUGAGAACCUGGUGGACAUGGUUGGAUUUUCCUGUGAUGGACAGCAUCCGUGUUUGGUGUACGCCUUCAUGGCCAAUGGUUCUUUACUAGACCGACUGGCUUGCUCAGAAGACACUCCUUCACUGUCAUGGCAACAGAGAUGCUCGAUAGCUGAAGGAACAGCAAGAGGCUUGGACUAUCUGCACAGCAACCAUCAUGUCCAUAGAGAUGUUAAAAGUGCAAAUAUCCUGUUAGAUGAAAACUUAGUGGCAAAAAUCUCUGACUUUGGGUUGACGAGAGCAUCGGCCAAGCGGACAUCAACGACCAUGAUGACGGAGAGGAUUGUGGGAACCUGUGCUUACAUGGCACCUGAGGCGCUUAGAGGCGAAAUCACACCAAAAUCUGAUGUCUUCAGCUUUGGAGUGGUGUUGUUAGAAAUAUUGUCUGGACUCCCGCCAGCCGAUGAAAACCGUGAGCCACAAUUUUUGAUGGACAUGAGGUAUGAUAUAGAUGAUGAAGACGAGGAGCUGACUCUGGAGGACUUUGUGGACAAAAAGUUGAGAGACUGGGGGCUGAGCCAGGUGGAGAGUAUCUACUCUUUGGCCUGUAACUGCCUCCAUGAGAGGAAAAACAGACGGCCAGUCAUCAGACAGGUACUGUUGGAGCUUAAAAGUGUUGUCAAAAGCAUUUCACUGGAGUGAAGUGUAGCAUCGUGGAGAACACAGAAGAUUUCUGAGCCUGCCCCGGUCGCAGUGCACAGAUAAAUGCAUUUCUUUCUCCACAGUUGUAGAUUAGUUUACUGUGACUUACCAAAGAAUUUUUGCAUCAAUCUUUUUCUACAACAAUAAUUGUCAAUAAUUUUAAAUGACUUACUA